GUUCAUGCAAGACGCUUACCUACUUUGGGUUUGCUACGUGGUGCUCUUUUUUCUCGCGACUUUUUGUGCUCUGGCACUGCCAUUCUACCCCAUCUCUUCAUCUGCCAAAGUAGCUGCAGAAGGAACGUGGCAAGUGAUUUUCGUGGUUUUUUUAGCCUAUGCUAUGAUGCCGCUGAAGUCGUAUGUGGCAGCAGUUUUUGGCUGCAUGUUGUGUACUGCCCACAUGAUAGUGGCUUCAUUAUUCUCGACGGAGUUUCACGAUCUGAUGUGGCAACAGUUAAGUGCAAACAUCGUGGUAUUCUUGUGCGUCAAUGCAGUCGGAAUUUUCAUCCACAAUUUAAUGGAACAUGCACAGAGGAAAGCAUUUUUGGAUACACGAAAUUGCAUAGCUGCCAGGCUGGAGAUGGAGGAUGAAAAUGAAAAAUUGGAACGACUCCUUUUAUCCGUGUUACCGCAACACGUUGCUAUGGAGAUGAAAAACGAUAUUAUUUCUCCAGUCGAAGGUCAAUUCCAUAAAAUUUACAUCCAGAAACAUGAGAACGUGAGUAUCCUGUUUGCCGACAUCGUUGGAUUCACGGUACUGGCAUCGCAAUGUACUGCCCAGGAAUUGGUGAGACUGCUCAAUGAACUUUUUGGUCGUUUCGAUCAGCUGGCUAAUGACAACCACUGCCUGCGCAUUAAAAUCCUCGGAGACUGCUACUACUGCGUUUCGGGUCUUCCCGAGCCACGUUCAGAUCAUGCUCAUUGCGCCGUCGAAAUGGGCUUGGACAUGAUUGACGCUAUCGCCAGCGUCGUCGAAGCCACUGAUGUCCAACUCAACAUGAGGGUAGGAAUACAUUCGGGAAGGGUGCUGUGCGGGGUGUUGGGAUUGAGGAAGUGGCAGUACGAUGUUUGGUCGAACGAUGUUACGCUUGCUAAUAAUAUGGAGGCUGGGGGGGAACCUGGGAGAGUUCACAUCACUCAAGCCACCCUGGAUUAUCUGGGUGGUGAAUACGAGGUAGAACCUGGCAAUGGCACUACCAGAAAUCAGUACCUGAGAGACCAUUGUGUCACAACUUACUUCAUCGUACCACCAGCAAGGCGAAGAAAGGUCCGAUCGGCUCUCGGCGCGGCCCAGAGACGGAAACUCUCCUUCAAGAAUGUCUCCAACGUGGUGGUGCAGCUCCUCCACUCCAUCAAGUAUUCCAUGGAAGUGCCGUUCUCCAACAUUGCGCUGCAGUCCGAUUUGAAGGCGACGAAUGCCAGGAAG